AUUUAUUAUUUCUGACCUGACCUGACACUUUUUUUUUUAAAUUGACGCCACCUUAGUAACAAUGUCCUCCGAAUGGCUCCGGUGUGUUGUUGUGUUUCUCGUCGCUGUCCCUCUGGUUAAAGCUGCUCCGCAGCCAAACAUCGUCUUUAUCAUGGCUGAUGACUACGGCUGGCACGAUAUUGGAUACCACGGCUCAGAGAUCCACACUCCUCACCUGGACAAGUUGUCAGCCAGCGGGGUUCGUCUGGAGAGAUACUACAUCCAACCAAUCUGCACCCCCUCCAGGAACCAGCUCAUGACCGGCAGGUACCAGAUCCACACAGGGAUGCAACAUUCGAUCAUCUGGGCCUGUCAGCCAUACUGUGUUCCGCGGGAGGCGAAGCCCCUGCCUCAGUACCUGAAGGGGGCAGGAUACAGUACUCACAUGGUGGGGAAGUGGCACCUGGGCAUGUACAAGAAGGACUGUCUGCCCACCCGCCGGGGAUUUGAUACGUACUUUGGCUAUCUAAUGGGCUCUGAAGAUUACUACUCACACGUGCACUGCUACUACAGCCCAGAUGAGAAAAAGACAUUCUGUGGCCUGGACCUGAGGGAUGGAGAAGAGGUGGCCACUGAAUACAAAGGAGAUUAUUCAACCGAGGUGUUUACCCAGAAGGCCCUGAGCAUCAUUGACAAACAAGACCCUGACAAGCCCCUCUUUCUCUACUUGGCGCUGCAGGCUGUACAUUUUCCUCUGCAGGUUCCUGAUCGUUAUCUAGAACCUUACAGUUUCAUCAACGAUCCAAAACGAAAAUGUUAUGCCGGCAUGGUGUCGGCUAUGGACGAGGCCGUGGGCAAUGUCACUCUGGCAUUACAGCAGAAGGGACUUUGGGAAAACACAGUGCUUGUGUUUUCAACAGACAAUGGAGGUCAAACUCUUUGGGGUGGCAGCAACUGGCCUCUGCGCGGCAGGAAAGCAACACUGUGGGAAGGCGGAGUCAGAGGAAUCGGAUUUGUGGCUAGCCCACUCCUGAAACAAACUGGAACUACCUGCAAUGAACUGAUUCACAUCUCUGAUUGGCUACCCACACUGGUUGGCCUGGCAGGAGGAACCAUCAAUACCACAAAGCCAUUGGAUGGAUUUAACAUGUGGCCCACAAUCAGUUAUGGAGUUGCAUCACCCAGACUGGAGCUGCUGCACAACAUCGACCCUCUCUACACCAACGACUUACCAUGUCCUGGCAUGAGUUAUCAACCACUGGCCAGCGGAGACUCCUGGGCCAACUCUGACUUCAAUGUGUCCAUUCAUGCUGCCAUUCGAUCCUCCAACUGGAAGCUGCUGACGGGCGACCCAGGCUGUGGCAAGUGGUUUCCACGACCUGGUGACAGCGGCUCUGACUGGAACCAGACCAGUAACGAUCCAGUGAAGCCUGUAAAGCUGUUUGACAUAAUAAAGGAUCCAGAGGAGAGAAAUGAUCUGUCUGACCAGUUCCCCAGUGUGGUGGAUAAUCUCCUUGGUAGGCUCUAUCAGUACCAGAAAACCGCAUCCCCAAUUAUAUACCCCAGAGAUGACCCAAGGUGUGACCCAAGCCUCCAGGGAGCCUGGGGACCUUGGGAAUAGAUGUGGUCAGGAGUGGAGCGGAAGGGAAUGUGGGGCUGCUAAGGGAAAUGCAAUGAUUUUUACUGUUUGAUUUUACAAAUCCUGUUUUUUUAAUUACUGCAUGGUGAUUAUGUUGAAUGAUGAAAUGGUAAAUAAACAUUAUGGUUAUUUUUGUCUAACUAUG